AAAAACGAUAUUAAAAUAAUAUCUGACGGCAUUCAAUAAAUGCGGACAUUUCUAGCGGACAUUUCUAGUAACCUUCAUAGAAAGUGUUACCCAAUAUGGUAAAAACUGUAAAACAAUAAUGCAGCAACAAUGCAGUGUAACAACAAUAAUCUGAAUGUCUUUCCUCUCUCUUGUGUUCCUUCUUGUUUUAUAUUUUCUCAUUUUAUCUAAGGGAUUAUAAUGGCAGGAAGUGAAAGUGGCAAUGAAAUACAAAGAAAGGUGUUUAAUGAUCCCAUCCAUGGUCAUGUGGAGUUACACCCACUCCUUGUCAAAAUCAUUGACACACCUCAGUUCCAGAGACUACGAAACAUCAAGCAGCUUGGAGGGGGCUAUUUUGUUUACCCUGGAGCAUGCCACAACCGCUUUGAACACUCCAUCGGGGUGGCACACUUAGCAGGAGAACUUGCAAAAGCUCUGAAAUCAAGGCAGCCAGAACUCAACAUAACUGAUAGAGACAUCCUUUGUGUCCAGAUUGCAGGUCUUUGUCAUGACCUGGGACACGGGCCCUUUUCUCACCUCUUUGAUGGGAUGUUCAUUCCUGAAACAUGCAAAGGCCAAAAACGAUGGAAGCAUGAGGAUGCUUCUAUAGAAAUGUUUGAUCACCUGGUGGAAUCUAAUAAUCUGACAGAAGUGAUGAGGAUGAAGCCUUACAGCCUGGACGAAAAUGAUGAAAUCUUCAUCAAGGAGAUGAUUAAACCUGUGGAGAAUGCUUCAGCUCAGGCUGAGUGGCCGUACAAAGGACGUAGGAGGGACAAGUCCUUCCUCUAUGAGAUUGUGUCCAACAAGAGAAACGGCAUUGAUGUGGACAAGUUUGACUACUUUGCCAGGGACUGCCACCACCUGGGCAUCCAGAACAACUUUGACCACUGGCGUUUCAUAAAGCUUGCCAGGGUUUGUGAGGCACAGGGGGAGAAGCAAAUCUGCUCCAGAGACGAGGAGAAGAAACCCGUGAAGCGAAGCUGCUCCAGUGACAAUGACGAGAAACCCGUGAAGCAAAUCUGCUCCAGAGACAAGGAGGUGGGCAAUCUGUACAACAUGUUCCAUACAAGGAACUACCUCCACAGAAGAGCCUACCAACACAGAGUAAACGAUAGUAUCCAGAUCAUGAUCAAAGAUGCCUUCAUGAAAGCAGAUGAUCACAUCAAGAUUCGAGGUUCAAAUGGGAAGAUGUUCAAACUUUCUGAGGCCAAAAACAACAUGGAGGCCUACAGCAAGCUGACAGAUCACUUGUUUGAACACAUACUCUACUCUGACACAGAAGAUCUGAAGGAGGCAAGAGAGAUUCUUCAGAGGAUCGUCUCUCGAAAACUGUACAAGUUUGUGGGUGAAGCCCUGGAAGAAGAAGAAGAAGAAAAAAAAAGAAAAAAAAAAUCUGUGAAGAAAGAACAACAGGAUGCUAAAGACACUUGGAAAAAGGAACUGACUGAAGCCCUCAAGGCUAAAAUUUCACCUGAUGACUUUGAAGUUGUUUUCGCCACUUUUGACUAUGGGAUGAAAAACGAGGACCCUCUAGCUGAGACAUAUUUCUACAAAAAGGAGGACGUGACCAAAGCCUACCCAAUCAACAAAUCCCAAGUGCCCAGAUAUCGUCCAGAGCGUUUUUCUGAGAACGUCAUUCGGGUUUACUGGAAGAACAUUGAUGAGACAAAUCUGGAAACUGCCAAAGACAAGUUUCGUGGAUGGUGCAGGAGCAACAGAUUUCAAGAACUGAGGGACUUGGACGAUGAAGGACAAAAUCAAGGUCAAAACUGAAAAAGGAAGGAAACACUCUGACACUGGUACAGUGAGAGUGAACGUGAUGAAAAACAUUAAUCAGAACAGAAAACCUUAAUCUACAAAAACUCUAAUGUGCUUGACACUAUUUUAAUGCCUAAAAUAAAUUAGAAGAGUACAAACACAUGAAUUAUUGCUUAUUCAGGCCUGUACUCAGCUUUUAUAGACCAUGUUUAUCUUUAUUUUAGUGGAAUCAUCCUUCUCUUGUUUUUAGACCCCGCUUUUUUUUUAUUUGCAACUUUAUAUGACACAUAUACAAUACAUAACCAAAUCACUACUUUACAGCAUGUGUGUAAUUUUGUUGUUCAACAUCAGAUGUAGUUUCUUAAAAUGCCAUGUUUGUGAUAUUCAGGUAUCAGUCACAGACUUGUUUCUAUGUUCUCAGGAACUGUGAGGCUUUUAAAAGAGGUGAAUCAAAUGUGUGACAGAGUCAUUUAAUGUGAAUAUUUAGUUUGUGUUUGGGGUCUAAUUAGUGCUUUUAGGUUUU